AUGGCUCUACAUGCACAUAAUUCACUCUCACAAUUAGAAGUUCAAAAAAAUGAUGUGUCACCUGAAAGUACAGAAAUUCUUAUUUUGAAACAAGCUCUAAAAGAAGCAGAAGAAAGGGCAAGAAUUUUACAAUUAGAAUUAAAAAAAGCUGAUAAAACUCCUGCUUCAGAGAUAUCUGAAAAUAAUGGACAAAUGGAUGAUUCUGAUAAUGACUUGGGAAAUGAUAAGCUGCCUUCUACUGCAGGGUCAUCAAAUAUUAACAGUGAAUCAGAUGAUUCUGAAUCUGACUUGGAAAUUGAUAAGCCGCUUCCUGAUGCAAAAACAUCAAAUACUAAUAAUAAUCAAACGGAUGAUUCUGAUUCUGACAUGCAAACUGAUAAUCUGCCUCCUGAUGCAGGAGCAUCAAAUAUUAAUAAUAAUCAAACGGAUGAUUCUGAUUCUGAUUUGGAAGUGAGUAGGACGUCUUCCACUGGAAACAUAUUUAACAAUGAGGAACAAACUGAUGAUUCUGUUUCUGACCUAGAAGUUGAUAAUAAUCGGCCUUUUGGUGUAGAAAAAGAAACUACAAAAAGAGAAAAUUCCAACUCUAAUUAUCGACAAACUCAAAAGAAGCGAAAAUAUUCAAAAUAUCAUGAAAAUGUAUGUCGUAAAGCUUUUAAAAUGAAUUUGGAAAGGCAAAAUGAACCUG